AGGAGUAGGAUGUUACAAGCAAAACAGGGCACAGCAAACCCGAUGAGAUCCUAUCUUCAGCUUUGAUAUAUGCCACUUUUACAUUGCUUACCCAGACACACUAUCAUUGGCGGUUGAAGAAAGUUGAUUUUUUGAACCUUCAGCACCAAGCUCAUGACUGCUUGUUCUUCCAUCAGCGCAACACUGAAAGUUAGUGGAGAUGAAUUCUACGUUUGUGAACCAGACAGAUCCUGGGCUUUAUUCGAACACAACUGACACUCUGGAAGGUAUUCUCAAAUGCUGUAACUUCACGUCAGUCGUGACAGAUGAUGGUUUUGUUGUUAAUACAACGCCAGACGAGAGGAGCCUGUACAUCAUGAGAGUUGUCCAGAUUGCGGUCAUGUGUGUUCUCUCACUUACUGUCGUCUUUGGCAUCUUCUUUUUGGGCUGCAACCUACUAAUUAAGUCGGAAGGGAUGAUCAACUUUUUAGUGAAGGACAGAAGGUUUUCUAAAGAAGUGGAAGCAGUCGACGUUGGUCCUUACUAGCAAACUGAUUUGAGGAGAAUUACGGAUGAAAGUAGAUGUCAGUUUUUGAGGCUGUUAAAAAUGCAUUUGCUGCUUUCUCCAUGACUUAAUCCGCAAGAUCAUACUGGUGAUCGUAGAAAAGCCACACACUUGGACAAAUAGCCAAAUCUUUAUUUUAGAUAUCGACUGAGAGUUACAUCAUAAAGCGAAUUCUGAAGUGCUGUUCAGAACUUGAUGUUAGAAAUAAAUUUGAAGCCGGGACA